UCUCACUUAUCACCAACGUCGACCCAUCAGAGUCAGUCAGCAAGCAAGCAGUAGCAACAUAAACAGGCAGAAGGAUUUAUGCUGCCACUAUUUCUCACCUGCCACCAGAUUACGGAUUCCGUUGAUCGUCCCCGUCCAGACGCAAUCAUCAUCGCCAAGUUGGUGUCGGCCAUCCUCUGUCCCGUUUUUGGUGCGUGUCCCAAAAAGUUGAAGGGAGCAGAGUGUUGACGACCCUUGGAAGUGUGUUCCGAAGUUACGCGUUUGACGUUUGACCACUUCCUUCCCUGCUCGAGUAGCGAAGAGAGCGAGUGUCCUUGAAGCGGCGCGAUGGAUCCGGACGAGUUUGAAGAGUUCGUCGGGGCCGCUCUGGCCCAGCAGUCUCAGCCCCCGCAGCAGAAGGUCAUCGUGCAGCGCAACUCGCCGAUCCUGUUCCCCGGCGGCGGACCGUUGACGCUAAACGCGACCAGUUCGCUGCUGGUGCCCAACUCGUCGGUCCAGCCACCGCCGCAGCUGUCCUUUGGGACGGCGGCCGUCGGACCGUCCCUCGUGGAUGCCACGUCCGUCAUCGUGCUCAACAAGGACUCGCUGUCCACGCCGAUGGCGAUUCCGAUCAACGUUGUGACGGCGGCGGAACAGUCGCAUCAGCCGUCGAGUCAGUUCAUGCAAAAGGUCGUGAUGGCAGCCGGAACCGGAGCGGGUUCCGUACAGCUCAUGCCCGCCGGAACCAUGAAGAGCCUCCAGCAGAAGAUGCAAACCCCCGGCUUCAAGCUGCAGAUCGGCAACACCAAUAUCAUGUCCCUCCAGCAGAAGCUCAUCACAACGAGCCCCGUGAUCAACCAGCAGCAGCAGCAACUAACAGUACCAGCUCCCCAACAGGUCACCAUGAUCCAAGCGUCGACAUCCUCGUCGUCCAACCCUCCCACACUCACCCUUCCCGGCCCCGCCGGCCGUCUUCCGUCGUCGAUUAAAAUCCUCAAACCGAUCGCGCCCAAACCGGUCAUCAACUACACCAGCACGGUCAUCAAGCCGGCUCAGCCUCAGGAGGUGGUGGCUGCCAACAGUGGCAACACUGCCGCAGCUGCCGCCGCUGGAAGCCCAUCCAGCGUGUGCCACCACGUGCUUCCGUUCGGAACGACCAUCAAGGUGACGGCCGGGAACGAACAGCUUCCGAUGUUGAAGGGCCAGCAGCUCAUCCAGGCCGCGGCUUCUUUGCAGCAAGCUCAACAGGGACCGCCACUUCCGCAGCUGGUUCCAACCCAACCGCAAUCUCCCCAGACUGCGCAGCUGCUGAAGCAGAUUCGUCCGGCAUCGCCUGCGGCGGCCGUUGCGUCCACGAUUGUGCCCCAGCAGGGUGCGGUUCUGUCGCCCAACCAGAACAAGGUGAUCAUCAACAAGAUCUACUACAAACCGGCGGAUGGUCAGGUGGCGUCGCGGAUUGUGUCCACGCCUCCGCUUUCGCCCGUUUCGAUGCCGGAUUUGAAGCGCAAAAUUAUCAUUUCUGCCCCGCAGCAGCAGUCGGGAAUCGUGGCGGGUCAACGGCAGCGGAUGCCGUCGCCCUGCAGCAAUCAGAUCAUCGUGCAGAGCUCGAGUUCGGUGCCGUUGCCCCGCAUCGAUCACCUUCCCACGAGCGUCCAGGCCGUGCUGAACUCGUGCACCAACAACAGCAGUAUCACGGUGACUCCGUUGGUCACUCCGGUCGCAGCGGUCACUGUGGAGGAAGUUUCGCUGGAACCGACGACUUCGGAAGUGGUGCAGCUGGCGAGCAACUCCACGAUGGGGGAUGUUUCCGAAGCGGAAGUUUCGUCUACGACCUCCGAACAGCUGCUGAUUGCGGCUGGGGGGGUCGUCGAGAGUCAGGAGAGCUUUAACAGCAGCGAUUUGGUGAUUUCGACGGAAUCGAUGGAGGAAGAUGUGGCGGAGGAAGUUGCUGAGCAGCAGGAGGAGGAGGAGGACGAUGAGGAGGAGGAGGUGGAAGAGACGGUACUGCAGAAGAUAGUGAAUGAGGAGGAGCGUCCGAAGACGCCGGACGAGCAGGAAGUCACGCUGGAAGAUUUGCUCAACGAGCAGAUCAAGAGUCCGAGACUUCAGAAGCGUGCGAAUUCGGAGUACCAGCAAGCGCCAGUCGUCGCUCCGGCUAGGAGACUUUCCGAGCCACUUCAGCAAGAAGUGGCGCCCGAAGUCCCACCGGAGGACGAAAUUCCUCCGAUGCCGAAGCCACUGUCGGUCAUCAAGAAGUCCGGCCGCAGCUCGUCGGUAAGUCGGCGCAGCAGCUCAACGAAAACGAUCCACUCGUCACUGCUGUGCAGCGAGAAGUUCGAAAUGUCCUCGGACGAGAGUCGUAGCAUCAAGACAUCGGCGUCAAGCCUGCACACGAUCAGUCCCCCGAAGAAGGAGGAGACGUCGUCGGAAUCACCGCCGGCCUACGAUCAGGACAAGCUGCAGACGGCCAUCCAGAACUACAAGAAGUCGAUGGGAGGUGGCGGCAAGAAGAGUCGUUCCGAGUCACGAUCGGUGAAGGGUGGGGGAGAUGCAAAGGAUGAGGACAAGGACGACAAGGACUUCGUUGAAGGCGAUAUCGGAUCGACACCAUCAGAUCUGAUCAAGUGGGACGACGGCAUAGGUUACAUCAAGAACAGCUAUCUUCACUUCCAGUUCAACCAGUUUGGGCUUGUAGAACCGAUGGAGACCAAGGAAUAUCUGAAGCAUGUUAAAACCAACGUGUACGAAUCAGUGAAAGACCCUCUCCAGACGAGGAUCACCACUUCCGGCAAGAACAAGCGUAAACUCAACCCGUCUGACGGGUCCUACAAGUGCCGAGGUUGCAAGUGCCGUGGCACGGCCCGCGAGUUCGCCACCCCCGACUACUGCUCGGUCGCCUGCAUGAAGCAAACCAAGAACGAACCCCUUCUCUCAAGCAUUGCCCGCUCCAAGAAACUCCAACGCAAGGGUGUCGCCUCAUCCGAGUCAGAAUCGGCCCUGUCCACCCAAACCCCACUCCCAACCAGCGACGACGACUCGCUCGCAAGUUCCCUCAACUUCACCAACGCGUUCAAAGAGAAAAACCUCAUCCCCAAGCGAGAACCCCAAACCGACCCCGAACCCAAAUUCGCCUGGGAGAGCUACCUCGCCCAAACAAAGGGCACCCCCUCCCCCCUGAACCUCUUUGUGAACCCUUACCCAACCGGAACGAACAAAUUCCGCCCAGGCAUGAAGCUCGAAGCGAUCGACCCGGAAAACAACUCGCUCUUCUGCGUGUGCACCAUCAUGGAGGUGCGAGGCUAUCGGAUGCAGCUCACCUUCGAUGGGUACUCGCGCGAUUACGACUUUUGGGUGAACGCGGACUCGCUGGACAUCUUCCCGCCCGGGUGGUGUCGCAAAACCGGACGCGUUCUGCAGCCGCCCAAAGGGUACGACGAAAACUUCCGCUGGCUGGAGUACCUCACGAAGACGCGCUCGAUGGCCGCCUCGCGGUACCUGUUUGCGCAUCUGAAUGGCACGCAAUCUGAAAGCACCAACAAGUUCGAGGUCGGCAUGAGCCUCGAGGCGGACGACCUGAAAAAGUCCGGCAAGGUGUGCGUGGCCUCGGUCACCGACAAGAUCGACAACCGCAUCCUGGUGCACUUUGACGGCUGGGACGAGCGGUACGACUACUGGGUGGACAUCCGGUCGCCGUACAUCCACCACAUCAACUGGCACCAGGAGAACGGGUACAGCAUAACGGCGCCGCCAGAUUGGACCAAGGGUGACUUUGACUGGGCCAAGUACAUCCGCAUCAAGUCACGGCGUAUUGGACGGCCCAUCAUUCCGGCGGACAAGACGCUGUUUGAGACGCGCGACCCGAUGAACUUCCGGCCGGAAAUGAAGCUGGAGGUGGUGGACCGCAAGAACCAGAUGCUGAUCCGGCCGGCGACCGUCAUCGAGACGGACGGGUACGAGAUUAAGGUGUGCUUCGACGGGUGGCCAAACUUUUACUCGUUCUGGAUUGAGGACGACAGCCCGGACAUUCACCCGAUGAACUGGUGCAAGCGGACGGCCCAUCCGAUCGAGUUUCCACCAAAUUAUCGGCCGGCAUCGAUCAAGAGCACGUGUGAGAUUCCGUUCUGCCUGGGUCAGGGCAACGCCAAAUUCCUGAGCCAUCGGAACCACACCAAAGUCGGUGAAUGUCCAUACCGGACCAACAACUGGCUGCUGGAAGACCGCAAACAGUUGAGAGUUACUCAUGAACAAAUCGUAACGACCAACGGUCACGAUCCCUCACCGGAAGCGGCUGCCCCUCCCCCAGCAGGCGCCAUCCAGCCGGACGUCCCCGCUCCGAAAAAGAUCAAAAAGGAACUCGACGAACCCAGCCCCGUCCUCCCCGUUUCCCGCUCAUCCCCUGCCGUACUAGCAGCAAAACCCACCCAAGAACCACCAACAUCCGCCCCCACCAUCACCACCUCGGCCGCCCUCGACCCGCUCGUCAGGACGGCCCUCCCCGUCAUCUCCGACUUUGGCCCGCGCCUCAAGCAAUCGUACCGGCUGUGGAAGGCCAGCUCGCGCAUUCUGGAUCGCUGCACCGACGGCCUCUCCGAGUACGAUCGUAAUCCGCUGCGCUGGUCGGUGGACGAGGUGGCCUCGUACGUUGAGCGGUUCCCCGGGUGUGGCCUCGUCGCCAGUCAGAUUCGCGACGAGCAAAUCAACGGAGCCGCGUUCCUGAGUCUAACGCAGGACGAUCUGGUCAAGUAUCUGGACGUGAAGCUGGGACCGGCCAUCAAGCUGUACAACCGCAUCAUUCAUUUGCGGCUCGAAGUGGAGAAGCAUUUUCUCAAGUUUUAAAAUGCCAUCGAGUGGCGGCGUCGGAGAGCUUAAGUUAUGAGUUUGUAGUGUAUUAAAGGUAGUUUGCUAGCAGAACCAGCAAAAAAGUUAGCUUAUUUAAGGUAUACCUCUCGCCCCUUUUUUGUCGUCGUUCGAGUUGUAAAUAGUGUCGUUACGAAAUUUCUUCCAAGUUUUGAGAAUAAAACAAGCAACAUAAUCAAGAGCAAAUAAAAGAUAAUAAAUCUUGCAGCUUCGUGAAGUAGUUGAUUAAA